ACCGGGCCAAGGCCUGGUUCAUGACACUUGCACCUGGCUCUCUCACUACAUGGACCGAGGUGUACUCGAAGUUCAUUGGGAGGUAUUACUCCCAUCAGAAGACUCAAGAGCUCCGGUCACAGAUCGUCUCGUUUGCUCAAUUACCGAACGAGUCUCUUCAUGAGGCUUGGGAGCGGUUCAAGGAUCUCCAACGGCAGUGCCCCCAUCACAACCUCUCUCCGGGGCUACUCAUGAACUGUUUCUAUGAUUCCCUCCACCAGAACUUGCAGUAUAUGGUCGACAACACGGCGGGAGGUGAUAUCGGAGCAAGGACAGCCGAGGAGAUGUUUGAGAUUUUUGAGACGAUGAGUACGAACUCGUCGCAGAAGAGCACGCGAGGCAAGAGGGCAGUAGUGAACAAGGUCGGUACAAGCAAUGAUACGGUGGCCCAACAGCUAGCUGAGCUUACUGAGCAGAUGAGGUUGCUUACCGCACGAGGUUCUCAGCCGGUUAAUACAUUCGCUGUUGAUACUUGUGGGGCGUGUGGAGUCCCAGGGCAUAGGUCCGAAGUAUGCCCCUCAUCUUUCGAGCAAGACCCCAGUGAGCAGUAUGCAGAUGCCAGUGCCUUACAAGGAUACCAGAAUCGGCCAGUCAAUGACCCAUAUUCCAACAUGUACAAUCCAGGAUGGCGGAACCACCCGCACUUCUCGUGGUCAAACAACUCCAACACCCUUCAGCCACCCCGACCGAACUUCAUGCAGCAACAACCUCGACCCAGCUUUAAUAUGCCGUCAUAUGGUAAGUUCUUCAAGGACUUAGUGACCAAGAAGUGGAAGUUUGAAGAUGGAGAGAAGGUGGUCGUGUAUGAGGCGGCAAGUGCAAUGCAGCACGAUUUGCCCAAGAAGGAACGUGACCCCGGAGGUUUCAUUAUCCAGAUAGCCUUGGGGAACGGGAAGGUAGCUUCGGGGAUGCUUGACCUCGGAGCCGGAAUCAAUCUCAUGCCCUUCUCGAUUUUUCAAAGGCUUGGCCUUGGGGAUUUGAGGCCAACUCGCAUGUGCCUCCAGUUAGCAGACCGUUCCAUCAGGUAUCCCAAGGGAAUAGUCGAGGAUGUUCUCAUGAAGGUGGGUAAGCUUAUCAUUCCAGUGGACUUCGUUGUUCUGGACGUCGGGGAUGUGCACGAGAAUGGGAAGGAUCACACCAUCCUUCUCGGGAGACCUUUCAUGGCGACGACUAAUACCCUCAUUGAUGUGAAGAAUGAUACUCUGAAUAUGACGGUUCUGGGGGAGUCGGUGUCUAUUUCUGUCCGAGAGGCCAUGUCUUCAUCUUCGGUAAAUUUCAUAGAAGAAUGUGCUUUUAUUGAUGUUGCUGACCUUUUUGUGGAUAAGAUGGUAUUUCAGAAGUUCGAAGACGUCUU